AUGGACACAACAGUGGAUGUUAAAUUGAUUGGGAAGUUGAUCCAUGCCGGAUGCAAGCAUCACCAUUGUCGCAAGCAUGCCAAGGAACAGAUAUCUGAGUCCACUCAACCACCAACCACCACGCCCAAGGUCGUCGGGGAAUGGCCUCCAGAGUUCUUGCACUGUGGGAUUUGGCCACCACUGCAAGAGCCCUCUGAGUCGGAAUCUGAGAUCAACAUACCCGCCAGACCCAAAAUCAAGACAACGAAGCGGAAAGGCCCGGUCAGAGUCUAUCCGGACAAUAUACCAGACAUUGACGGAGGUGGCAGCAACGACAGUGAGUCUGGGACGGAUGUAUCAGACUACGAUGACAAUGACGACAAGGCUGCCACCCCUGCAGAACCAUUAACGGUAGGUUCGACGGAGCUCUCGGACGCGAUAGACACGUUGAAAAUCAGCACAGAAGGUGCCGAUAAAGAUGGAGAUCCAAAUGGAAACGACAAGAGAAUGACUAACGUCAUCCAUGCUCUAGUCAAGGCUCCAUACUCGGUGCUCAAGCUUGUCGCCAGGCACAGCAACGGCGACGGAAGCCCUCGGAGGGGAAAUACUGACACCAGCAAAUCCCCACGGAACAAGCUUUUUGACCAAGAGGUCGUCGCCGAGGGUCGAGCCCGUGUGGAAAUCGCCGACUAUUUGGACAGCUUGAUUGACCAUGGUGACUACGAAGAAGGCUAUGGCUGUGUGUGGCCUCUUGAAGAAUACCGUCGGUCGGGAUGGGCGCAGGAGAUGGUCGCCGCGUACCCGGUGGAGAGCGCCGAGUUUGUACGCAAGGUGCAUCAGGAGUGCCACCGGCGAAACGAAAAUGGACCCGAGCCAGAUUGUCUAUGA